AUGGUGACUAAUGUGAACCUCAGCCUCACUCAUGUCGUGUUUGUAUUUUUUUUUCCUCAAUAGUCUUCGCAGUCUCACUGGUUGACAGCAGAGGAGAGGAACCAAGUUUUAAUUGAUCUCAAAGCUUCAGGCUGGUCUGAGUUAGGCGAAAGAGAUGCCAUCUACAAAGAGUUCAAUUUCAAGAAUUUUAAUCAGGCUUUUGGAUUUAUGACGCGUGUUGCUCUACAAGCAGAGAAGAUGAAUCACCACCCGGAAUGGUUUAAUGUCUACAGCAAGGUUCAGAUAACUCUGAUUUCCCAUGACUGCGGUGGACUGACCAAGAGAGAUGUGAAGCUGGCUCAGUUUAUUGACAAAGCUGCUUCCUUGGUGUAA